AGGUCAAGCUAACGCGGAGUUGAAAGCAAAAGCAAAGCAUUGCUGCACCCACCUUCAAAUUCUAAACACAAAGUGCAUAUUCCCUUAGUGGUGUUCCCUCUUCCCACCAUCUCCUGCAUCAGCUCUUGAAACCACUCAGCUUUUUUUUCCUUUUUUUUUUGAGACUCUGCUAUGGAGGAUAAUCUUCAUUCCACAUCACUAAGAAGCAUUAGAACAGUUGAAGAAGGCAGUAUCGCUCAGUCACGCAUGGAUCAACCCAAUACUUCUGAUGAUAGUGCAGAUCUAGACAACUUGGUCCCAUUUGCAGCUUACGAUGAUAGCCAAACCAAGACCACAUACAUGGAUGCUGGUUUGUACACGGCUACAUUAAAAGGCAACAUCAGCAAGCUGGAGCAGAUGCUAGAAGCUUGUGAUCUUGGCCUCCAACUGACCCCAAAAAGGAACACUAUCCUCCAUAUAGCAGCUCAAUUCGGUCAAGUGGACUCUGUCAAACAGAUCCUUCAAUUGACUUCCUCUUCAUCUCUACCGGGACAGAGCAAUCUGAAAGGAGAUACCCCACUUCACCUUGCAGCAAGAGAAGGGCAUUUGACAGUCGUCCAAGCUCUAAUUCAAGCCGCAAAAGCACUUCCCGAUGAGAUUGAAAGUGGGGUUGGAGUAGAUAAGGCCAUUCUGAGGAUGGCCAAUGAGGGGAAAGACACAGCCUUGCAUGAAGCAGUGAGGUAUCAUCACCCUGAGGUGGUGAAAUUAUUGAUUGAGGAAGACCCUCAGUUUACCUAUGGUCCUAAUAUUUCUGGUGGAACGCCUCUUUACAUGGCGGUGGAGCGAGGACAUGGAGACUUGGUGCAAAUAAUCAUAGACAACACCAGCACUUCACCAGCUUACAGUGGCAUCUUGGGUAGAACUGCUCUGCAUGCUGCUGUAAUUCGCAACGACCAAGAAAUAACAACGAAGUUAUUGGAAUGGAAGCCAUCUCUAAUCAAAGAAGUGGACGAAAAUGGAUGGUCUCCCCUUCACUGUGCUGCCCACUUUGGUUAUACUACCAUUGUGAAGCAAUUACUACACAAAUCACCAGAUAAAUCUGUGGCUUACCUCGGAAUCAAACGUGGCAAGCAAACAGCCCUUCUUAUUGCAGCUAAACGUGGCCAUAAAGACAUAGUAGAUCUGCUGCUAUCUUACUCUCCAGAUUGUUGCGAGCAGGUGGAUGAUAACGGCAAAAAUGUCCUUCACUUUGCCAUGAUGAAUAAGCAAGAUUAUUAUCCUGGGAUGUUUUUACAAAAUGAUGGAUUAAGAGUGAGAGGACUUUUAAAUGAGAAAGAUGCUCAAGGAGACACGCCCCUCCACCUGCUUGCUUCUUACCUAGUUGAUGAUGAAGAAUUUGUAAAGGACGAUAGAGUGGAUAAGAUGCCUCUGAACAAUGAAAACUUAACCCCUAAGGACAUAGUUUCAAGAGUCAACGACCGUUGGCUGCAAAAGAAAUAUUUCCUGGAUUUCUUCAGCAAAAGUGAGGAAGUGGGUAUUGGACCUUUAAGUUGGGUCCCGGGUGACAAGAAAGACAAUGAUAGCAGUGAAAGUAAAGACAGUAAAGACAAUUCCAUCUCUAAGUUAAAGAAAACGGGUGAAAUUCAUUUGAUAGUGGCAGCACUUGUAGCAAUUGUAACCUUUGCGGCUGGCUUCACCUUGCCUGGUGGUUACAAUGAAAAUGAUGGCAAGGCAAUCCUGGCAAAGAAAGCAGCUUUCAAAGCAUUUGUUGUGACGGAUACCUUAGCCAUGGUUUUCUCGGUAUCCGCUACAUUUGUUUACUUUUAUAUGGCAAUUCAUGAAAAAGUGGAGUAUCUCGAAAAACACUAUGUCUGGGGCUGUCUUCUCACCAUGCUUGGCAUGGGGUCAAUGGUGGUGGCAUUCAUGACCGGCAUGUACGCUGUGCUACCACAUUUCUCUGGGCUUCCGAUCGUUGUUUGUGUCCUCUGCUGCUGCUUUUUCCUCUUCUUCUAUUAUUUAUUUAGACAACUUCAAAAAGGCUAAAGGGCUUGAUGGGAUGUCAUUUACUCAUAUGACAACCGUGAAAUUAAUGGAAGGUCUUCCUACAUGGCACGACCCUUUAAUUAAUAUAUAUUUUCAUGUUUGUAUAUAAGAAUGAUUCUUGGUGAAUUUUGAGUGGGGUAUGAACUUAAA